GCCCCCCAGGCAUGCCUGAGUUUCACCUGAGAAGCCUGGUAAUGUCAACACUGAAGAAUUGAUAGCCAUGCCGCCCGUCAAGUCCCAAGGUAGAGCAAAUGCCACGAAGCAGAAAGCAGAGGAGGUAAAAAAAGGAAAUCAUCAGAAAAAUGUGAGGCGAAAUUGUUCCAAAGUUUCCCAGCCUCCCUCUAAAGUGCCUAAUGGGAAACAAAAAGGUAGAGGGAAUGUACCUAAUCUGGAGGACGAAAAGGCAGAUGAUAUAAAGAGUAACAGAAGGAGUAACACAGAUCAAGGAAAAAAGAGAGGGGCAGAACAGAAGCCACCACAGAAACAAACAGGGAUCACAUUAAGAAAUGGGAAAACAGCCAAUGGUAGAUCACAACCCCAACCCAAGAGAGACAGUAAAAGUACAGGGCGCAUAAACAAGACCACCAAACUCAAACCUCCAAAAGCACCCACAACAAAACAAGGGAGGAUCAACAACAAGCACCCCGCCAAGCCUGAAAACAAGAGAAGUGAUAAAGUGACAGAGAGUGAGGAGGAGGAAUCAGAGAGCGAUGCAGGAAGCUCAGUGGAGGCGACGGAAGAGGAAAGUAGUAAUGAUGAGAAGGAGGAGGAGCGGGACAGUAGCAAAGAGCCAACUGAGACACAGGAGAGUGAGGAGAGCAGUAAGGAGGAGGCUGAGGUAUCAGACACUCAAAGAGAUACUGAACAGACAGCAGACGAGGAAUCAGACAAAGAACUUGCAGAAGAAGCCAAAUCCAGAAGUCACUCUGAGGUCGAAACGGCCACAUCCAGUGAAGAAGAAGUGGAAAAAGGGAAGGAAGUGGAAGUAUCUGAGGCAGUCAUCAGUGAUAGGUGUGAAGACAAGGAGAUAACCCAGGAGGACACGUCUGAAAAGCCAACAACUAACAAAGCCUGCAGACGACGCAGACAGACACCACGUCCCCCAAAGCCUGCACAAGAGCCAAAAUACAAGAUGUUUAAAAAGACAAAGGCAGAUAAGCAGGCUGAGAAGGCAGAGAAACAGAGGGCCAAAGCAGAAAAACAGAGAAAGGUCCAGAUCCAGAUGAGGAAGACAAGGAGGCAGAACCCACACUGA